GGCACGCACUAACAACCGCUGAACAGGGAUAGAUAGAGACAGGGGAAAGGGAGAAAAGAGAAGGGAGGGAAAUUAAGGGAGUACAAAGGGAGAACAAUUUUAUUUAGGAAAAGUUAGCUAUUUUCUAAUUUUAAACUUGGGAGAGAGAAAGCAAGUCAAAGCAGAAUUUAGAAGAGUCCAGACAAAAUUACUUUAAUAGAUACAGAACUAGUCAGUUUGAAGUGUCUGUAAAAAGAAAUCCACUCAGGAAAACUAGAAAGGAGAGGGAGGAAGUGAGAGAGAGAGAGUGAGAGCGAGAUAGAGAGGGAGCGAGAAAGGGAGGGGGAGAAAGAGAUAGGGCGUGUAAGAAAACAACACCGAGAUGUUCAUGAUCAUUCCGAAGGAUUCUUCCGCCGGAGGAGGUGGUUCUACAGGGAUGAGCUCGCCGCACGGGAAAAGCGCAAAACAGGUAAAAGCAGCGAUCAGUAAGAAGGUUCAGAAACAGCAGAUUAAGCAGAGUGAGACGGUCCAGUGAGCAGAGUGGAGACUCAGAAGUGUCAGCAGCUGGAGUCAACCCCCCCCAUGGUAGGAGGUACAGCCAGACACCCACCCCCUUCCCCAGAGAUAGAGAGAGAGGUACAGAGGAUGAAGAGGAGGCAGAGGAGGACCUGGAUGUGGAGGACCUGGGUGUGGCAGAUAUGAUGAAGACGAGUGGUCAGAAGCAGGAAGAGAAGGAGUCCAUAGACCUAGUCCCUAUAAUGGACCCAGCAUUUGGACCGGACAGGGACCUACGACCAGAGGAGAUUGAAGAGCUUCGUGAGGCGUUUGUGGAGUUUGAUAGGAAGAAGAAUGGUUAUGUCAGCUACAAGGACCUGGGAGAGUGCAUGAGGACCAUGGGCUACAUGCCCACAGAGAUGGAGCUCAUCGAGCUGGGCCAGUCCAUCUGUGGCGGCAAACUAGACUUUGAUGACUUUGUGGAGCUGAUGGGCCCAAAGAUGCUGGCAGAGACAGCAGACAUGAUCGGAGUGAAAGAACUGAGAGAUGCAUUCAAGGAGUUUGAUGCUAACAGUGAUGGUCAGAUCAGUAUAAUGGAACUGAGGGAGGCCAUGAAGAAGCUGAUGGGAGAACAACUGACCAACAGAGAGAUCGACGAGAUCCUCAGAGACGUGGAUCUCAACCGGGACGGACUGGUCGACUUUGAGGAAUUUGUUCGAAUGAUGUCACGCUGAGAUAACCAUAUGGUUGUUGUGCAACAACUGGAAAAGGGACCACUACAUUUGUAGUGAACAACUGGAAAAGGGACCACUACAUUUGUAGUGAACAACUGGAAAAGGGACCACUACAUUUGUAGUGAACAACUGGAAAAGGGACCACUACAUUUGUAGUGAACAACUGGAAAAGGGACCACUACAUUUGUA